UGGAUGUUUACACAGUUGAUGGACAGCCGAACUUUUUGAUUACGUUUAGGUUGUAGGUAGUCGCCAUUUUGAUUUCCAAACCUGACUAUUUUUAUGUAUUUUUUUUCCCCAUUUGGUCCUUUGGACUCCUGAAUAAUAAUUUACACCGUGUCAACACAGCCCUCCCAGCAGCAGCAGAGCUAGCCGCUGAGUAACACGGCUGUGUAAAUGACAUUGCAGCCGGUGGAAAGGGUAGUAUCGUUAAGCUAACAGCGCAGCCCUGAAUAGGCUGCGAUGGGCCUCCGAGUGACCUGACAACCAAAGUCGCCGAGUUGCAGUUCAGCUUCCAGAUGUCCACAGAUUAAACAAUGGCUCAAAGGUUGCACAGUGUCUGUGAGGCAAAUGGCUCUUUAGCAAGAUCCAACUGAGUAUACUUCUCCUUGUCCAAAUCAGAGUGUAUGCUACGGUGACGUCAGUCAUGUUUUGGAAGUUUGAUUUACACACAUCUUCUCAUCUGGAGGCUUUACUGGACAAGGAGGAUGUCACUCUCGCUGAGCUCAUGGAUGAGGAGGAUGUGCUGCAGGAGUGCAAGGCCCAAAACAGGAGGCUUCUUGUGCUCUUGUGCCAAGACCAGAGCAUGCAGGAGCUGGUUCGACUGAUUACUACAGAGCCUCCUACUGGUGUAGAGGAGACAAAGCGCUUCAAGUAUCCAAAUAUAGCAUGUGAGCUGCUGACAAGUGAUGUGGGAGUGAUCAAUGAUAAGCUGGGUAAUGAGGAGCCACUCCUGGAAAGCCUGUAUGCCUUCCUGGAGCAGCCAUCCCCACUUAACCCCCUCCUGGCAUCCUUCUUUAGCAAAACUAUUGGGAACCUCAUCACACGGAAGACUGAGCAGGUGAUUAGUUUCCUGCAGAAGAAGGAUGGAUUUCUUUCCUUGGUCCUGAAGCAUAUUGACACGUCAGCCAUGAUGGAUGUGCUCCUACGCCUUAUCAGCUGUGUGGAGCCACCGCCUCUACGACUGGAGACACUUACUUGGCUGAAUGAACAAAAACUGGCCCAGAGACUCAUAGAGCUCAUUCACCCUGAGAGGGAUGAAGAGAGGCAGUCAAAUGCAUCGCAGACUUUGUGUGAUAUCAUUCGUCUGAGCAGAGACCAGGCCAGCCAGCUCCAAGAGAUUUCACAGCCUGACCCACUGCUGACUGUGCUUGAAUCGCAGGAGUGCGUGGAGCAGUUAUUGCAGAAUAUGUUCUCAGGAGAGAGAACUGAGAGCUGUAUCGUCAACGGGAUUCAGGUUCUUCUGACCUUACUGGAGAUCAGGAGGCCUGUGGUGGAUGGUGUAAUGGAUGCUCAGGGAUUUGAGAGAAGCUACACUGUUAACAGCAGUAUUUUGUUGGCCAUCCAGCCACACUUGAUACACUUCCACCAGCUACUUCUGGAGCCACCCAAGCGAGAGCCUAUGCUGACGACUUUGGGUGUGCUGGAGGAACCGCUGGGGAACACGCGUCUGCACGUAGCCAGACUAGUGGCUUCUCUGCUUUAUACCAGCUCUGCUAGCCACGCAGUCGUAGCACAGGAACUCUGCAGACUCAAUACACUGAACCUCCUUCUGGACCUGUUCUUCAAGUACACCUGGAACAACUUUCUGCAUCUCCAAGUGGAGCUUUGUGUUGCUGCUAUCGUCCGGCCCUGUGCCCACGAAAUGAGACUUCAGCCUGGCUUGGUUACCCAGGAAAAAGUCAAGCCUCAUCCAGAUGCAGCACCAGAACAGGAGUUGAACGAGACCCCGACUUCUGAACUAUCAGACAGAUCUGAAAACUCUGCUCAUAACCUAAUGGUGACUCAUUUGUUUCAGCACUGCCACCUCGUCCAAAGGAUUCUAGAGGCUUGGGAAGGAAAUGAUAAAAUUCAGUCAGAUCGUGGUAUGCGACGAGGCUACAUGGGGCAUCUGACCAGGAUCGCCAACACAGUGGUGCACAAUCUGGAGAAAGGCCCGGUUCACACCCAGAUCAGUAGCCUCAUUGCAGAGCUGCCAGAGGACUACAGAGGGCGCUGGGAAACCUUUGUAGAUCAAACGCUGUCUGAGACCAACAGAAAGAACACCAUAGACCUGGUUGGCACUGGCAACCCUCGUCCUUCCUCAGAGGAUGAUAUGGAGAGCCCCUUCCCCAAAGAACUGACAGUACAGCAGGCCUUUUCAGACUACCAGAUCCAGCAGAUGACAGCUAACUUUGUGGAUCAGUUUGGCUUUAAUGAUGAGGAGUUCACUGAUCAUGAUGACAGCAUUGGGGCAACUUUUGAUCGGAUUGCAGAGAUUAAUAUCAAUAUUGAUGCUGGCCAUGACAGUGCUAACACAGCUGUAUUUGAGGCUUGUUCCAAAGAGAGGAUUCAGCCCUUUGAUGAUGAGGAGGAGGACAUCUGGGAGGAGAAGGAGAUUAACUAUGCAACACAAGCCAAGUCCCGGAACAGGUUUGGUGGGUCACAGUCCUCCCAAAGCCAAGCAACCAGUAAGACCUGUGACAUGACAGAAACUUGUGAGAGCUCCAGCAGAGCAGCAGACUCAGACUCUGACGAGGGAGAAGACCCUAAAUAUGAUCUGGACCCUUUUGCAAGUCCGGACCAGACCGAGGCAACAACGAGCACUGGAUGGGUAGCAGACUUUGGAGAAGUGAAUUCAAAGGCUCCUGCAGCAGGAGCGGGCUUCUCAGCCUGGGACGCUCCAGUGUCUCAGCCAGCUGCAACAGAGGCCGAGGAGAAGGGAUGGGCCAAGUUCACAGACUUUCAGCCUUUUUGCUGCAGCUCUGAAACAGGCCCGAGAUGCAGCUCACCUGUGGACUCAGAGCUCAGUGGAUCAGACAUCCCCAAACCAAACCAAAACCCGUGUGUGUGGAGUGUUUGCGUGGCAAGGAAAGCACCACUAGUGGCAUCAGACAGCUCCUCCUCCAGCAGCUCCGACAGCGAUGAGGAAGAAAGAAAGACAGAAUCCACAUCCAGUGAGACGGUCACCACAGAGACCAUCACCACAGGUGCUGGCAAGGAGACCAUCCGGCUCACCGUUGACGCCAAAAAUGAGAGGGCAGUCUUCAGCAGAGUAUUCAGACCUGCAGUCAGACGCGACGUGCCAGUGGAAGGGCUCGCUAACGAUAAAGAAAGUGGCAAAGGUGAAAAAGGAAAGCAACAUGAGAACAGUUCCAGCCCAGUUACUGCUGAUUCGGCUAACCAGGCAGCUGCUGUUACACAAGAGAUGCAGUCCCCCGCUAAUGGACCGGCCUAACGAAGUGGUGCAGGAACACACUUCAUACCUGAUCAUUCAACACACAGCCACGCCACCUUUGCUUCCUGUUAGCAGUCCAUCAAUACCCUCGUUUGUGUCUAAAAGACGUGUAAGUGAAUGGAAGAUCCUUAGUGCAGAGCUCGAGCAGUAUUUAUAAUGGAUACCAGAAAUCAACACAUGGGUACUAGUGAUGUCUCUAAUGCGCCUUCAUGACAUCAUUAUAAAUGAACCGCUUCAAAAAGAAUUGUGUGUUUUAUAAAAAACAUUUCAUUGUGCCAGGCACACCAAAGGCAAACUGUGUUACAUACGAACUUUUUCAAGAUGAAUUUCUUUCCCGUUAAACUUGGAAAUGUAAACACCUUUAUCUGUCGGGAUCUACUGAUGUGCCAGCUGCACUUUUAAUGUUAAGAAAACACCCUAUUCUGAAAUUUGACAUUUUAUUAAAUUAAGCACCGGGAUUUCAGAUUAUUUGGGUCUGUCUGCUCUCCAGGUAUAAAUAUGGUCCAGUGGAUUUUUUUCUGUUUUCUAGGAGAGCAUUUGACUGUUUACACUUUAGUAACAAAAAGCAUUCAAAUAAUCAGCCAAGAUUACAGACGCCAAGAUGCUUGCAAAGCGCUAGCUAGCUGCCAUUUUGUGUACAACAUUUCAGUCUUCGUGCCGGGCAGACAGGUCAUUAUAGCAAAUAUGCGACUUAUCUGAUCAUUUCUCAGUCAAGUAAGUUUUUAUCUCCUUUGAUCACAUGACGCGCAAGUGCUCUCUAUUUGUUAGUUUGGAGCAUUGGAUUUGGGGGCCUCGCGUGUGUCACUUCCUCCUCCUGAAAGAUUCAAGUAGUUUAGGGGUACGUGUGUGCCGGCGUGUGUGUUUGAGCUCUGUCUGAGGUACAGAGUACGUUUCUCAGGUCAAAGGAGAGGUAUGCAGAUAGAAAGAAAGCACACCUGUGUAACACACACGCAGACACACAGUGCCAUACACACACAAGUGUACACAACCAUAUCUAGAUGCAAAAAAAAAAGGAAAAAAAUGGCAGCCCACGUAUAAGUUCAUACCACCCUCAGAGCUGUUUAAAUGUAAUAUUGUGAAAUUUGAACCUGUAUUAGGUUGUGGCUCUUCUUGGUAAUCUGUAAACGUAAUAUAAAUGUAAACAGUAUAUAUAUAAACAUCAUAUCUAUUUUUGGAAUAAAUCCAGUGUACGGCAAGGCGGUUGUUUUGCAGGUUGCGAUGUGUGUAUCGUAUGUGUGUCGUACUGUCGAAAUGAGGCAAUAAUGAUGUCUGUGUUUCGGUUAAUAGGCCAGCAUCAGUUCAUGUUUCUUUGCUACAUGCUUCCUACAUGGCAGUUUAGGAGUGUGCAUGCUGUGAAUACGAGUUGGUCGUCUACGGUACGUCUUCCAUUUUGUUUAUUUUGAGGAUGAUUCUUGUUAAUGACAACUUGGGUCUUUUUUUUUUUCUUUAUUUCCACCCUGUAUCAAUUUUAAACCCAUUUUGCAUAAUUUAAAUAGUCAAAUUCAGGGGGAAAAUUAUGAUAAACAAUAAAAUAGUCCAUGUACUGCUUUUUGAUCAUAUCGUUUGUGUACGCAUGUGUUUCCACUGUAACAACGGUGAUUAAUUUAAACUGGAUCUGAACAAAUGUGUUUGUUAGAGCAAUAAUAAAUCAACAGAAGCACAUUAGGCACAGGUUUUUAUAAUCGGUAAAUUAAUGUUGCCUAAUUUAGCUGCUCCAUUUCCUGCUUUAACUUCAUUUUGGAUUUUCAAAAGACCGGUCAGACCAAAACACUUAAAUUUACUUGGCAGAUUAGAGGUGCCCAGUGGAGUUUACUUACAAAGGAAAUAUUGUGACCUCAGGUGUCAUUCACCAAAACCCAUUGUUCUCUAAGAAACGUCUGGAGUGCAUUUCCUUUUGCAAUGCUAAUUCAUUGGUAGAUAUUUCAAAUCCAGCAUUGUUUACGUUCUUGCUUACUUGGUAGCAGUCUUGUUCUUCCUGUCGAUCAGUGUAGUGUCUGCAGCCACUUGCAGGAAUGUGUAACAUUACUCACAUUCUUGCACAAGUGGAGCAAUGGCAAGACGCAGAAAAAGGUGCGAUAGAACUGCUAGAGGCCGAGAAUUCCGGGGGGGGGAACUUGAGUCGGUAAUGAAAGUCAACAUUAGUUGCAGCAACACCAUCAGUGCUCACUGAGGUGGCACGCCAUUAAGUUAGCUGUCUGAUCUUUCCUGCUUCAUCAAAUCUAUGCUUGUUAUAAACAGUUAACCGGUUUAAUCCAGUCUGGUCAUAAUCAGAUUACAUUAAACAACACAAUACGUAAGAAAACGUGACCCAAGUUGUACUGAAUUAUCCUUUAAAAUCUGUGUGUGCCAGACAGUCAUCCUUUACGUCAUCUUUCUCCUCGUCUCUCUCUUUCUCAGGGUAGGAGUCGAAUUAAAUUGCAUUUACCUAUGGAACGAUUCUCUGAGAUUGUUGUAUUUAUUUUAAAAGCACUUUUUCAAGAAGCACUUUUUGGUUUUUGGUUUUUUAAUUUGGUGGCGCUAAGCGCCCCUACGUAAUUCCCUCCCUCAGAGCGAUGGGAAUGUUUGACUUGACGAGUGAAUCACGUAGACACUUUAGAAUAUCUUUUUGUUGUUGUUUUUUCUUCAAUGCUUUCUGCCAAAGUGUGUCUUCCCACCAGUGUACAACUGGGUUUCAUAUCUGUGAAGUAGCCUCUUUUCUUGCAGUGGUCUUAGAGGUGUAGAUUUAUCUGAAGCAGCCUUUGUUUGAUCCAUUGCUCAUGUUUUUUUUUUUCUUUGUGAAUCAUGUGAUGGAGUUAUUAGCUGGAGAAGAGAAUGCCACAAGUCAAAGAAAGACUUUGAAGAUUCGUCUUAGAUCACAGCUCUUUCUUCCUCCUCUGCUUUCAUCUGUUCACCGCUUUGAGCCAUUUGAAGUGAAACUGCACAGAGCUAGCACCGCUUCGUUGUCAGGGUUAAAAGAGGAAAAAUAGGGCUGCGUUUGUCAGGGUUGUUCACAUGGUCAGAAUAUGGCAUCCCACCCGUCACUAAGCCUAAGCAGUGCUUCUGGCCUAUACCAUUUGUGUGUAUGUGUAUUUAAUGCGUGUUUGUGUGCCCCCUUCAGUUUGAGUGUUUUAGCUACGGGUAUGUUGUCACAUUAUGCAUAAUGGUACGUUGCAUUCAUCUCUAAGUGCCAUUAAGUUUGCACAUUAGCCUCGUUCACCUCUUUUUGGGCAUUCGCUGUAUUGCACAGUGUGUGCCCCGAACUUUAUUGAGAAACAAUGGGUGUGAAGUUGUUACUUACCAAUUACUUAUUAUUUACACUGAGACCAUUUCAAAGUUUUUUUCUCACAUUAUAGCUUAUUAUUAUAUUAGGGCAUGUGUGUGCAGAUGUGUGGGGGAGUGGUGGGAAAAACAGCCGUGUGGUUAAAUGCCUUUUUUUGUAAAGCGGACUGAUGCUGGUGUCUUUGUUUUUGGGUUCUUUUUUUCAUUUAGAGUAAUGUGUCUGUUACCUGUUGUCAAUUUAGCUUGUACAUUCAGAUAUGAACCUAAUAAAUAUGUCAAAGAUAAA